GCUUUUAGGAAGGGGUCAUAUCAGCAGUUGAUGUUAUAAGUAAAGAAAGGUGACUCAGGGACAGAAAAUAUGAUCACUUUUGUCUUUGAACCGAAAGUAAAGUCCCUUAUAAAGUUGCAUUAGUUUUGGUCAUGUUGGGUGAUAAAUACGCAGCCACGUCUGGUAAAAAAAAGAUUUCUCAUCCUUUGUCUCGUAAAGAGAUAGAGUGCCAGGCUCUCUGCACGUUAAAGAUCCUUGAAAGAAAUCCUCCUUGAAGGGUCUGUAGGCGGGCUGUUGCAAGGCUAAAUUUCAAUUUCUCUAUCCAGUAUACCCUCAUUUUCCAGUGGUAUUUCAAAUUUCUCGACAUUCAUUUCGAUUGAAGACCUUCCGUUUUAUUCAUUAUUAAAAUUGUUAUCACCAUUAGCAUGCAUGAAAUAUUUGACACUGGACGUAAAACGAACUACAAUCAAUAAAUUUAAUAUUGCUCUUAAUAUCAGUGUAAAUUAAAUAUUCUUCUUCUGCUAGUGCUAUGGGGGUAUAUGUUGAAUAAUUGAAAAAUGAGUAAUUGAUAAAGUUAAUCUUGGUACACAAAGUUGAAGCAAAUUAACACUAGUGAUAUAAAGGUUCCUACAGAAGCGUAUAUCGGUCAACUAUAAUAAUAUCAACAGUUUAAUUAAAUUUGUUUAAUAUUAUAAAGUAACACCAAAAGAAAACUAAAGCAACACUAUAAUUAAUAACGACGUAUUUGUUAUAUAAUAUUCCUAUAUUUUCAUCUUUUAAGGCAUUAAUUAUCGUAAAAUAACACAAGUUUACAUCGAAAUUACUAAUAACGCUUGACCGAUAUACGCUUCCGUAGGUACCUCCAUCAAAAUAUAUGUGAUUAAAAUAAGUAAUAAAAUUGUAUGUAUUUAUACAAAUUAUAAAAUACAUUUACACCAUGUUUACAUUGAAAGUAUAAGGAUACCCUACAUUUAUCAUGAUAAUCAUGAUCAUCAUAAACGUAGUCAAAUUCCAGAAUGACUACCUCCCCCUUUUUAUCCCUGGUAAAUUACUGAAAUAUAUCGUUUUGCAUUAAUCAUCAAAUCAUUGUGAAAUUAUAUUAAUUGUAUGCUUAACUUCUAUUAGUGGUGUCCAAACAAUAAUAUUUUAAGAAAAAAAUAACCUAACAGUCAUAUAAGUUAUUUUCCUGCUACAUGUAUAAGUUUAAAUAAUUUCAUUUCACUAUUUUUUUUUAACUUUGCAAGAUUAAUAAAUUAUUGUUUUCCAAAUUAAUAUAUGUAUUCAAGGAUUUGUAUAGUACGACCAUACAAAUCGUUGAUGUAUUCUUAUUGUGAACUAUAAAAAAAGGCAAAAUGUUCAACAGUGUAUUCAAAAUUAUACAAACCAUUUAAAUAAUACUUUCCUGCGAUUUUACAUAAUUAAUUUCUAGCUGUCAUUUAUCUUAACUUGAUUAAUAAAGUAACAUGACAUUAAUUUUCAAUUUAAAAUCGGUUAAUGUACAAAGGGAAGCAACUUUAGUUGUUCUACAUAGGGGCAAAAUUGGCAGGUUAAUGGUGCAAAAUCAGCAGGUGCCGUAUCAGCAGGUGAGUGAUUUAGACCCGUCUCCACAUUAUAACCCUAUCCACAAAAAUUUAACAAAAAGGUAUUGUUAUAAGCAACACGAAACCGAAUUAAAACUAGGUGACCACAAUCAGUACAUCCGUCUAUUUUACUUCCGUUUUUAGUUAGACUUUCUGGAAAUGAUGCACAGUUGCAUGAGAUAUGCCAUAUGCAUUGGAUUUAUAUCAACAGCUUAGUGAUUGCUGCUUAGACUAUCGAGACAAUUUUCAUUUUCCGAAAUUAAUACUAAAUACGGAAGUUAGACAUGGAUGUACCGAUUAUGACAUAAGUUUAAUUCUACACACUUGAAUUAUUGAUAUUUUUAUUUUUUAUAAAUUAUUUUUAUAGUUCACGUUGAUGACUGACUGAAUAUGGAGGACAAAAAUAGCAAUACAUUUCUCUUCAGUGCUCAGCUUUAUAGUACUAGAAGAUUAGAUCUUAUGAUAAAAUGGCCGACUAAUCUAACCAUAGACGUUUUGUACAUUUUCAUUGUUGAUACAGCAUCUGGAGCAAGCGUAGCGGUUUUCCUAAAUCCAUGCGAGAAGAAAUUUUGUUCUCCACUUGAAUUUUCUCUCGGGAUUACAAAGUGCAAUAUUUGUAUCUACGGCCUUGUAAUCAGAGAGACGGAAGAUGGAAGGUUUUAUCAACUGUGUAGUCAUUCAAAAAGGAAAUUAAAAGGUUUAAAAGUUGCAGACACUUUGAUAUCUGAUGUUACAAUGAUAUUCGAUAUGAAGGAAACCAGUGUAGUUGAAUUGCCGAUGAAACACAAAAUGAAGGAACCACUGAAUGUUACAGUUCUGCGUUGUCCACCAGCUAGCUAUACAAUUACUCAGUCAGACAACAAGUCUAGCGAGGUUUUUACACAUGUUAUAUUCUUAAAGCAACCGAAUAAAACUUUUGUUUUUAUACUAAAUUCUUUUAAAUUAACGUUUCCAUUGCCAUUGAAUUUGGAGUCGGGGAAAUGGACUGAAAUUCAGAUGUUGCGUUUGUCUCAGCAAAACUGUAGCACGAAUAAGCACAUGAUAGCUGUAACAGUUCACCAUAGUCACGUGGUAUAUUUUAAAACGUAUUUAUCGAUAGAUGACUAUAAGCAGUUAUAUAUAUUAGCACUAAGAUACCUGUAUAGUAAGAAUACAAGUGCCCAACAAUGCAAACCUAUAGAAUUUUUCUAUAGGAAUAAAAGUGAACAGUAUUAUAAGGACAUAUUGAAAUCUACAUCUGGUGAAAUGAUACCUUAUAUCAAAGACAGUAAUGGCGACCAAGGCUCCAUUAUCAAUGGUGCUAUUAACGGUCUGUUUUAUAGUACCCUGCUAGGUCCAAGGUCUAAACCACCACCUAUAUCAUUUUAUGGACCUGUCCGACUUCAUUUAAAGGCAAAUAUUAUCUUCACAGAGAAUUGUAAAAUAUAUUUCUCUGAUUUUUACUGCCACUAUGAACAGCAUUAUGUUACAAUUGUAUUAACUCGCAAAGGAUCUUUAGAAGACGUUUUUUGUAGUCAGCAUCUACUACAGAUGGAUAAAAAUGACAAUCCGUUCAUGAAAAUUUCCAGAAAUGUUAAUGGUCUAAAUGUUGUCAUGGCAACAAUGGCUGUUGUAGUAGAAGUAUUUUAUACAGAAAGCGUUAACAUACGAUCUUUGCUACAGUGGGGACAUGGUUACAUUAGUAAAACAGUCUUGAUGGGUCGCGGCAGAAGUAAACCAGAAGGAAUUCCAAAAAAUGAAAAUUGCGACAAAUGUAAUUUAUCUUAUAAGAAAUGAUAUUGAAAUUUUCCCCAAUUUGUGUUUGAUGUUUUCAUAUAAGACAUACAAUUCAAAUAUACGUCUGCGAUAAACCUUAUGUGUAAAUAGAAAAAAAUAUAUUUGCCGGUUUUUUUUCAAAGUGACAGACUAUAAAUAUUCAGCUGUUAGAAAGUUUAUCAGUGAAGUUGGAGUAGAUGGCCAAUGAUUGCUCUCAAUUUCAUUUGAAGGCUGCCUAGUUUUUUAAUUAUAUCAAACACUUUACUUGAUAUUGCCUUUUUUACAUUAGAAGAAGAAAGUUCGGUGCUAUAAAUGAACUUUAUUGAACAACAAUAGACAACAACUGGUCGAUAAACAUCGUAAAAUAUAGCGAAAUAUUUUUGUGAAUGAAAAUACCGUUAUCAUGUAUGAUAUAAAAAGAAAUUGUUUCUUGUCUAUAUGCAUCAAACCCUAUCAAUGCAAGCCACCUUGCAUCUUUCCUUUACAAACGGCAACAAUUACAUCGCGGUAUAAGAAAAUGAUAUGCAAAUGUUACCAAACUCGGAAAAAGUAAUGUUCAAGAUUUUUUGUGAGUCCGAAUCUUAUAUUUUUAUGCGGUACACAUCUUUAUAUUUAAGAAACAGAAAAAUUCGUUCUGAUUGCGUUCUAUCUGAACAGUGCAUAGUCUCUAUUAACAAGCUUUAUCAUUCUAUAAGAAAUGAAACUAAUGUAUUCAAACAAUGACAAAUACAGAAAAAUCAUGGAAAAAAUAUACAUAAUAUU